UUUUCCCUAACAAAUUAGAGAGAGAGAAAGAGAGAGAGAGAGUUGAGCUUUUUUCAGACAACAUAUUCAUCUGCUCCUAGAAUCCUUUUAAACAAUAUUAUGGGAUUAAGAGACAUUGGAGAGACACUGCCACCAGGUUUUAGGUUUUAUCCGAGCGACGAAGAACUUGUUUGCCAUUAUCUUUACAAAAAGAUUGCUAAUGAACAAGUUCUUAAAGGUACUUUAGUGGAAAUUGAUCUUCAUACAUGUGAGCCAUGGCAGCUCCCUGAGGUGGCAAAACUGAAUUCGAGCGAGUGGUACUUCUUCAGCUUUCGAGAUCGCAAAUAUGCAACUGGGUAUCGGACCAAUCGGGCCACCACCUCAGGCUACUGGAAGGCUACGGGAAAAGACCGAGCAGUACUCGAUCCGAGGAGUAGGGCCACGGUAGGGAUGAGAAAGACUUUAGUUUUCUACAAGAAUAGGGCCCCUAAUGGAAUAAAAACAGGCUGGAUCAUGCAUGAGUUUCGACUCGAGAACCCUCACGUGCCUCCUAAGGAAGACUGGGUGUUAUGUCGAGUAUUUCACAAAGGCAAGAGUGAGAAUGGCAACCAAUUAAGCCCACAAAAUUUCUAUAAUUCAACCACUUCGAAUAUGGCUGCAUCUCCUCAUACAAAUGAAUAUACACUGCCUAAUUAUGGCGACCAAAACGCGAUCACUUUCUCUGAGCAAGGCCAAAACCCUAGCACUUUUCACGAUUUAUUGGCCCCGGACGUUGACCGGAGUAACUACCUUCAGCUGUCUCAAGAGAUGAAUAUUGAAACUCCCUCCGGCUGUAAAAUGAUGCAAACUAAAUUUGAGGAUGAUUAUGGAUUCUUCUUCGAUACGAGUUACGAGGAGUCGACGUUAAUGCGAGAUUUCGAUGAGGAAAACAGCCGGGUUUACGUUUGAAGAACUUAGAUCAGUUUGAUCAUAGCAUUAAAAAGGUAAGUCUGUGAAAUUGUGAGAAUUAAUUUUAUAGAAUUGACAAUUAGGUAGAAUUGUGUUUCAUUUGAAUUAAUAUUCCUUAAAAUGUUAAAAUGUCAGGUUGAUUGUGUAUAAUUGUUUCAGGGGUUAAUGACAGUAGUUUGCCAAAGAUUAUAUGUUUAUUGACUAUUAUAUGUAUAUAAACAUCAUCACGAUGUUGUCAAUUAAAAAAAUUAAAAAUCAGUUUGAUGUA